GGCCAUUGGCUGCUGGCGGCGGCGGAAGCGGAAGCGCUGGCGGCGCAGGCGCGGAGCGAGCCCGGGCCGAGGGGAGGGAGGCGCCCGCCCGAGAGCGCCAUGGAGUCGCGGGGGGAGCCGCAGCCGCCGAGCAGGAUGAGCCAGGGGAGCUCCAACCCGGCCGCGGUGCCGCACGCCGCCGAAGACAUCCAAGGAGACGACAGGUGGAUGUCACAGCACAACAGGUUUGUCUUGGACUGCAAGGACAAGGAGCCUGACGUGCUGUUCGUGGGGGACUCCAUGGUGCAGCUGCUGCAGCAGUAUGAGAUCUGGAGGGAGCUCUUCUCCCCCCUCCACGCUCUGAACUUCGGCAUCGGGGGCGACACCACAGGCCACGUGCUGUGGCGGCUGAAGAACGGGGAGCUGGAGAACAUCAAGCCCAAGGUCAUUGUGGUGUGGGUUGGGACCAACAACCACGAGAACACAGCCGAGGAGGUCGCAGGCGGGAUCGAGGCCAUCGUGCACCUGAUAAACACCCAGCAGCCACAGGCCAAAGUCAUUGUGCUGGGCUUGCUACCUCGCGGCGAGAAGCCGAACCCGCUGCGGCAGAAGAACGCCAGGGUGAACCAGCUGCUGAAGGGCUCGCUGCCCAGGCUGCCCAACGUGCAGCUGCUGGAGGUGGACGCGGGCUUCGUGCACUCGGACGGCACCAUCUCCUACCACGACAUGUUCGACUUCCUGCACCUCACCGGGGGGGGCUACGCCAAGAUCUGCAAGCCCCUCCACGAACUGAUCAUGCAGCUGCUGGAGGAGACCCCCGAGGAGAAGAGAGCUGCCCUGGCCUGAGCGGCCGCCCCGGCCCGAGCGGC